AUGCGCCCAUUUCUCCUACUCCUCUAUUCCACCCUCACCGUAGGCCAACUCAUCGGCCCUGUAGGCCCAACCACGCCUCUCUCCGAAAAGACCACCGAAUGCAACAUUCUAUCCUACGGCGCAGUCGCCGAUAACAGCACAGACAUCUCCACGGCUCUCGAAACAACCUUCAACGACUGCGUCCGCCCCAACCCAGGAAGUCGACUCGUGGUCCCAGAAGGCCAGUACCUGCUCAACCGGGGCGUGGUGCUCAGCAAUGCCACAAACUGGGCCUUCCAGCUGGACGGAUUGAUCACGGCCGCGUACGGCGGGAACUGGGAAAUUGAGCGUUCGUUAAUCCUCCAGGGCUUUGCUGGUGUUGACUUGCUCAAUGCGACUAUCAAUGGAGAGGGUGACCAUAAGUUUUUGUUAGAUGUUUUGGUGAUUGUUAAUGCCGUUGAUUUCGAGUUUUAUUCUUCCAAUGGAUUGGGCGCAUUUCAGGGACAGGGGUAUUUGUAUCGGAAUUUGAAUAACACAGAUCGACCCCGUCUCGUCCGCUUGAUCUCUCCGACAAACGCCUCUGUCCAUGACCUGAUCCUGGUCGACAGUCCCAAGUUCCAUAUUAUUUUAGACUUCGCCGUGAACGUCGAAGCGUACCAUCUCACGAUCCGAGGAGCCAACCUGGGCAGCUACGACGGUAUCGACGCAAUCGGGACGAACUACUACAUCCAUGACAACGAAGUAACAAACCGCGACGAAUGCGUCUCUGUCAAAAGCCCCUCCCACCACGCCCUGAUCGAAAACCUAGUCUGCAACCAAGCAGGCUCCGGACUCUCCAUCGGCAGUCUCAACGUCUCCGCCGAGAUCUCCAACAUCGUCGCCAGAAACAUAAGCAUCCUGCAAGGCAACAACAUAGCCUUCAUCAAAACCUACCCCGGCGGCUCAGGCUACGUGACCAACAUCACGUUCGAAAACUUCCGAUCAAAGGCCAGUCUCUACGGCCUCAACAUCAACCAAUACUGGCAGAACACCUUCACCCCCGACACCGGCGCCGUCACACUCAGCAAUAUCGUCUUCCGGAACGUGACCGGCUCUGUCGCCGACGGCGCGAAGCGGCCCCCGCUGUACCUGAUUGCGAAUGAUCUGACCUUUGCGACGAAUGUGACGGUGGAGGAUGUUUCAGUGUGGACUGAGUCGGGGGAUGCGGUGGUCAACAAGAUCAGUAAUGUUUUUGGGACCGGGGGUGACACUUACGGGGUUAAUGAUGGGAUUGAGCCGCUGGGUGACGUGCCUACGGCUUAUACGAGGACUGUUACAGUGACCGAGACGCCGACGGGGUGGGUGAAGCCUGGGUUGCCAGCUUGGGCGGCCCCGAGUACCGGGUUUGGGACGGCUUCGCCCAUCCCAGUUUAUACGCCUUCGCCUUUGUGGAGGCCUGGUGGGGUGGACUAUGAUUUGCAUUAUUGGGGGAGCUUUUGA